CGAACAGUUGACCUGUGUAGUUGACUGUGAUAGUUGGCUGAUCGCGCGCUAAUAUACUUUUCUCGCGUUUCCGUAUUCUCUCGUAGUUUUGACUCAUUAUUGCGGAAAUCAGUGCAGUAUACAUGAGGUGAUGAGAGAACGUACAAAAGGGCCAGACUUCGGACCGCCCAGGGCUUAUACUAUAAUGGAUUCAUCUAGGAUAUCCACUUUCCUAAUAUCAAUUUUAUUGAUAGUCUAUGGCAGUUUCCGAUCUUUAAACAUGGAACAGGAAGCUAGAGAAAGAGAAAAAGAAAAAGAACGUAGUAAUUUAUUGACUGGAAUUUUGAGUAACAGCAGUACAGCAAAUGCAGACGGUGCUAAUGGAAGAGUUCAAACCCUAAAUACAAUGCAUGCUCUCUGUCUACCUCUUGGUGCUUCCAUUUCUCUACUCGUCAUGUUUUUCUUUUUUGACAGCAUGCAAAUGCUUGUAGCAAUCUGUACAGCCAUUGUAGCUGCAGUUGCAUUGGCAUUUCUCCUUUUACCCAUGUGUCAAUAUAUCAUUAGACCAUGUUCAGAUGGUAAUAAAAUAUCUUUUGGUGUCUGUGGAAGGUUUACUGGUGCAGAAUUACUUUCAUUUUCAUUAAGUGUGAGUAUAGUCUGUAUUUGGGUACUGACUGGGCAUUGGCUACUCAUGGACGCAAUGGGUAUGGGACUUUGUGUAGCAUUCAUUGCAUUCAUUCGAUUACCUAGUUUAAAGGUAUCUACCAUACUAUUAACUGGACUACUCAUUUAUGAUGUCUUCUGGGUUUUCUUUUCAUCUUAUAUAUUCAGCACAAACGUAAUGGUUAAGGUAGCAACUAGACCUGCAGAUAAUCCAGUGAAUCUUGUGGCUAGAAGGUUGCACUUAGGUGGUGUAGCAAGAGAAGCACCGAAACUUCCUUUACCUGGAAAAUUAGUGUUUCCAUCAAUGCAUCAAGCAGGACAUUUUUCAAUGUUAGGUCUUGGCGAUGUGGUUAUGCCAGGCCUACUGCUUUGCUUCGUUUUACGAUAUGAUGCGUAUAAAAAGACUCAAUUGUUGCCCGGUGGUUGUGAAACAGGAGUUCCACCGCCACGACACAUCAAUCGCAUUAGUUAUUUCCAUUGUUCACUCAUUGGUUAUUUUCUUGGUUUACUUACUGCUACUGUAAGCUCUGAGGUGUUCAAAGCUGCGCAACCUGCCUUAUUGUACCUUGUGCCCUUUACUUUGUUGCCAUUACUCACAAUGGCGUACUUGAAGGGUGAUUUACGUCGAAUGUGGAGCGAACCAUUCAUAUCUCAGCAACCUUCCAAACACAUGGAAGUUUGACAACAGUCAUGGGUUUGUGUAUAUUACACAUUGGGAGGAAAACUACUUGUAGAAUCCCAUUGUCACUUAUCAUAACGUCCUUAUUUUUAUCAAUGUCAUUUAAUGUAAGUAACUUUUUUUUUUACACAUGCGUCUUUUAAUGCUACAAUGCAAGUUACGGUUUCAUAUACGGGAAAUGUAAAGGUAUACUGCAGUACGACAUUGAUUUAAUACAAUAUUGAAUACAAGUCAUGACAAAGUUUUUUAUUGAAAGAGAUAAAACAGUUCUUGAAAAGCGUAUUUAAAAUACUGAAUACUAUUAUCGAUAUAACGUCAAUAUUCAUUUUGUGUCUUAAAUUCGGUGUUGAGUAAAUUAUAUGUAAUAGAUAAGAUAACUACAUACUGUUUACCAAUUACUAUUUAUCAGUUUAGUAAAUGCGAAAAACCGUGUUCUGAGAUUCACCUAAAAAAAACGGAUAAGCAUCUUUUUUUUUUAAGUUUUACAAUGACUUUACUAUAAAAAUUUAUAAUGUUUUCAAAAUACACAAUUUUUUAUUCCUUCUUUUUUACACUAAACUAUAUAUAUAUUAAUAAUUUCGCUAUAACUCCGUUAUAAAUGUGUGUGAUAUUCUCUAUGCAGAAAUUCUUUUUAAUUUAUUGUUCAAUUGAUAUCAAACUAAUUGUAUGUAACAUGUAGUUAUGGAUAGAGUAAUUUAAAUAAUUAUUCAACGAUUUCCAUGAAAAUCUAGUGAACGUAUGUGUGUAGGUUGUGACUUUCUUUUACUUGGAGCUAGCAUUGAACAAAGCAUUCUCUAUGCAAAUGUGUAUAUAAAUUUUGGUUUUUAUAAACUUAAGAAAAAAUUUUACAGUUCGUUAUUAGCAUAUAUUGCAAGCAUUUCAACUUGCCAAAUAUCUUGCUAACUUUGUGUAGCAUGGUGGGAAAUUGCAAACAAUUUUUAGAGAAGUGGAAAGUGAAAGUUGUAGAAUUUUAUUAUCAACCAAAAAAAAAAGAGAAAAAAAAGA